AUGGAAACCACCGCACUGUUAUUUAUGCGGUUAGCGGCAGGUCUCAUCUCUCGCCUCGCUGCUGGGCACGUAUCCUCCAUCACAAGGCCUCUUCACAGGGUGUGUGUGUUUGUGUAUUCAGCUCUCCCACUUCCUGUGGCUCAGAUCUCCCAGCUGUGUGCCUCACCUACUGUGGCAGACCCCCAGAUUGCUAAAUUGCGACAGCAACUCCAGCGCAGUAAGCGCAGCAGUCGUCACCGCAGGGACAAGGACCGCAGGUCCCCCUUCAACGGGAGUCAUGCUGCCAUCAUCCAGUCACAGGCCCAGAUGCCCAAUAAGACCAUCCUGAUCCCCAAGUCGACGACGCCUCGCUUCAGGAACAGUGUGGAGGGUCUCAACCAGGAGAUUGAGCGCAUCAUCAUCCGUGACACACCACAACUACGAGAUGAGCCCCAAGAUGUCCCAGACGGGCACCGUGCCCCCCCACCCCUCCCCCCCCAGCGCAGCAGCUCCACCCGAAGCAUUGACACACAGACCCCCUCAGGAGGGGGCCUCGGUGGCGGUAAGCAUAGCAACAGCAGCAGCCGGCCCGACUCCAUCUCUCCCUCCUACCUCACCAUCCUCAACGAUAUGGGAGGAGGCAGCCCCUACCCCGCAGAGGAGAAAGAACUGGGUCCCUGCUCACCUCUCCCGAAGUAUGCAGCGUCUCCGAAGCCCAACAACAGCUACAUGUUCAAGAGGGAGCCGCCGGAGGGCUGUGAAAAGGUCAAGGUCUUUGAGGAGUCACUUCCCAGACCCCUCCAGGAGAUUCCUCCCUUCCUGUGUCCGGACCGUAACAAGGUGAACUUCAUCCCUAAGAGUGGCUCAGCCUUCUGCCUGGUCAGCAUCCUGAAGCCCCUGUUGCCCGCCCCGGAGCUCAGCUUCAGAUCAGGGGUUGGCCUCCGCAGCCUGUCCCCCAGCUUGGUGCCUCUGGGUGGGGUUGGCCUGCGCAGUCUGUCCCCCUCCAUGAUGCCUCUAGGUGGGGUGGGCCUCCGUAGCCUGUCCCCUUCCCUAGGGGUAUCCUGGGGCCCGGUCCAGCAGCAACCCUGCCUGCCCAGACACCUGGAGGAACCAGAGAGCUAGAGCACCACACUUCUGCCCCGGAGGACAGACUGCUGAAUAACAUCACAGUCAGAUAAACAUGAUGAACAUAAUACCCUGCUGAUCGAGACGCCUUCGACAUGCUAACUCCCCUGGUCAUAACUGUCCCCUGGUUCUACCUGCUCAUUCUAACUCCACCCACUGGUCCUACCUGCUCAUUCUAACUCCACCCACGGGUUCUACCUGCUCAUUCUAACUCCACCCACUGGUCCUACCUGCUCAUUCUAACUCCACCCACGGGUUCUACCUGCUCAUUCUAACUCCACCCACUGGUCCUACCUGGUCCCAACGUUCCACUGAUCCUAUGUACCGAGAGGAUACAGGAGACACUUUUUAUUUUCAUCGCAUUAAACCAUGAAACCUC